CCUCAUCUUCCUUCUUCUCUCUUCCUCCCACUUCCUUUCCCUUCCCCCCCUCCUCCACCUCCCUGCCCAUUGAACAGAAUUUUCCCUCUCCUUCCCUCUCUCCCUCCCCUGUUUCUUUCUUUUCUAUCUUGCGCGUCAAUCGCGCACACUCCCCUGUCAGCAUGGAUAUGAACCAUUUAAUAGGUCAGCGUUUCAACCUGAUCUCCAAGAGUGACAUUCGUUAUGUUGGAACGUUGCAUGAGAUCAAUCCUGAAGCCUCCACCAUAGCUCUGGAGAAUGUUGUCUCUUUCGGGACCGAGGGUCGUCGAGGCAAUCCCGCUGAGGAGAUUGCCCCGUCGGCCAGCGUCUACGAAUAUAUUGUCUUCCGAGGCAGUGACGUAAAAGACAUUAGCGUAGCAGAGGACACGAAGGAGAACACUCCACCUGAACCUCCUCAGGUGCCAGAUGAUCCCGCCAUCUUAGGGAGUAUGUCUCGUCCGGGACCUACUUCCCAGGGCUUGCCUCCGUCACAACAGCCUCAGGUGCCUCGUCCGGCGCCUCCUGGCUACCCUCAACAACCGCAGUUCCAAGGCUUCUAUCCUCCAUAUGGACAACGCUUUGGAGCCCCCGGUUUCCCUCCUGGACCUGGUUUUCCUAAUAUGCCGUAUGGAGCCCCGCCACCAGGAUGGUUUCCUCCCCCGGGUCAAGGAUUCCCCCAAGGACCAGGCCAGUUCCCUCCCCAGAUGCCUAUUGGACCCCCUGGCCAACACCAGACCCCUCCUCCGCAGCGACAGGGGGUACCUGGCGCAGGCCCCGUAAAUGUCCCUAAACCCACCUCUGAGCUUCCCGUUGGUGACCGGCCGUCCAGUAAGCCAGCCAGCCGGAAUGCUACACCCGCGCCUGGAGUCUCUGCUCAGAAUGCUCCUCCGCCCCCUGUUGAAUCGAAACCAUCUGUAACGGAGGCCGUACAAGCCUCCAGUAUUCCUGCUGCUGCCGCGGCUCCGACUCCGGCCAAGAUGCCACCUACUGGACCCCGGAGUGGACGUGUGCAGCCGGCGAUUCCGAUCUCUGCUCCCUCCAAGCCACCUGUUCCUGCUGUAAGCAAUCCUCCUGUCGCUGGCGCUGGGAGCAGUGUGCCGCAAGGUACCGCUCAGGCGGCCAUUACCGAGGCUACGCGUGCUGCCACGGCUGCUGUUGCGGCGGCUAUGGCCAAGCUGCCCCAGCCAAACGCGCCCAAGAAGCCUGCGCAUGGAGAAGUGUCCGUUGAAGGAGUAACGAGACAGAUGGCGGAAAUGAAGCCGUAUGAGGGCAACCGCGCACCCCGUGGUCAUCAGCAUCCCCGUGGACGUGGCGGUCACCGUGCCCCAUAUCAGGGACAGUCGAAGAAGGUUGAGGUUCCUGAUACGGACUACGACUUCGAGACUGCCAACGCCAAAUUCAACAAGCAAGACCUGGUCAAGGAGGCCAUUGCCACUGGGUCGCCUGCCCAUGAGGCUGAGACUGCUUCCAUCACUAACGGGGACAUUGAAGCGCCUGAUACCAGCGCUGAUUCCGUGGCUACCUACAACCGGGCGACUUCUUUCUUCGAUAACAUCUCGAGCGAGGCUCGUGAUCGUGAAGAGGGAACAGGAGGCCGUGUGGGUGGCCGUGAAUGGCGCGGCGAGGAGGAGAAGCGCAAUAUCGAGACCUUCGGGCAGGGUAGCGUUGACGGUUACCGGGGAAGCUACCGUGGCCGUGGCAGAGGAAGAGGCUAUGGCCGUGGCCGCGGUGGCUACGGACGUGGGUACUCUCGGGGUCGUGGAGGCCUUCGUGGAGGUCGCAACACUUCGCAAGCCACCGGCGUGCCUACCCAGACAUAGGCGAACCCUCGUCUGACCAUACUUAUUCUUCCAUGUUGAAACUUAUUACCAUGCGUUUAGCGUUUUGAGUGGCUUUGUCUUUUUACUUUUCUUAUCUUGCUUUUCUUUGUGCGCUUUGGGGAGUAUUGAAAUCCUUCCACAACUUUCUGCUUCUGAUAUCCCUGGCGUCUGAUGGAGCAUCCUACGAGUACUUGAGCUUGGCAUUGUACAUGUCGGGACAUUUCGGAUUGUGAUUGGGAUCACUAUGGGUUACGGUGGGAUUGUUGAGCUUCGUGGCUGAAAGGCUACGGUUGCAUCUGGUGUCAAAUUUGGCGUUAAAUAGUCGCAUGGGUUGGUCGUGGGCCUCCUUUGCCUUGCUUGUCUGGACGAUGAUCAUGUCUUCUUUCUUGAUGAUGCCCGCCCGAGGAAAGGGCGAGGCUUUUGCCUGAGUCUGACGCUCCCAGAAGCUGCUCUGGUGGACUCGAGUCUAUGUAUCAUACUACGAGAUGAUUCCCCUUCGCAUGCAAAACCCAAAAAAAGGAGGC